ACGGUGACGGGAGCGGGCCCGGCGCUUCGUGCGGACGGACGGUGACGGGAGCGGGCCCGGCGCUUCGUGCGGACGGACGGUGACCGGAGCGGGCCCGGCUUCGUGCGGGCGGCGGGACCGCGCCUCAGCCUGCCCUGGAGCUGCGGAAGAGCCAAACCAGUGACUUUGAGAGGUUGCAGUGAGUUGUGUGAUUCCCUCUGAGGAGGAGAGCGUGUUGGUGCCAUGGAAGUGGAAAAGAGCAGCAGAAGGAGCUGCUUCACUCAGACCUCCUGCCUGGGUGCAGAUUUAGGGGAAGACUCACAGCUGGAGUAUCUCAGUGCUCACGAGGAGUACGAAGAGGAUAAGAACAACUGGAGUGAGUUUUCUGAGCAGGAGGAGGUUGGAGAGGUGAAGGCCACGCCACUGGUUGGUGACAAGGUGCCACCCCAAAUCACAGCAGGGGAAGAAGAUUCUGGAAAGAGCCAGAGACCCACCCACAGCGUGGCAGUGGAGCCAGACAUUCCUUUCCUGCCAUCCAGGGAGGAGGCCCAGCUCUCUAAACACGGAGAGCCCUCCUACUUCAGCAGCUGUGAAAAACCUGCAGUGUGCACUCGUGGUACCAGCAGCACUGCAGAGGAUGCUGAAACCCAGCUCCCAGUCCCUGAAAUCCUCCCUGGCAAGAAUCCUGGGGCUGGCAUGGAAGCUGCAGAGAAAUCCUCUGGUGGGAGCCCCAAGGCUGUGAAUUCAGAGCGUGGUGAAGCCCUGAGGAGCGUUGCCAGUGUCACUGUGGAUGCUGGCUCUGAUUCCAGAGCUGGAUUCCCAACCAGCAGGAGCAGCAGUGCCCAGGUCUGUCUGUGCUCCAGGGCAGUGAGCACAGAGGUAACCAUGAUGAGCAGAACUCAGCCUCUGGGGUGGCUGGGUCAAACCUCUGUGGAUGCUGCUUCCAACACGGAAUGGCCCUUAGGAGCUCUCAGCUCACACCUGCAGCAGGAAUCCAAAGAUCAUCUGUCUGACAGGCCAGAACAUCCCAACAAGCAAACUGGGAAGAAUUCUGCAUCAAGCUGCUGUCAGAACAUUCUGCAGAGAGCAACUGAAGCAGAGCUGCAGCUCCUGGCCGUCCAUUACGAGAUGUGCUACCAGCACUGCUUGAAGGUUUAUGAGCUGGCUUUGGAGGAAAACACUUGUCUUGGGACAUAUUUUAAUAGCUGUGAGAAAAAGGCUGAGUUCUAUUCAUCUCUGCUGUUGGUCUUGGAUGAACUGGACAAGAAUUACAGCAACAUGAGAAGGGAAAUAAACAUGGGCAUACCUUUAAAUGAACUUCCACCACUGUCAGUUGAGCUGAAGUUUUCCCCACUCUCUUCCUUUUACAUCCCCUCCAAGUUUUUCAGAAAGAGUCUUUACUCUGAGCAGGCACAUGACAGAACAGGUUCAGGAAGCCCAUCCAGUGACCUUCUUGAUCUUUCAGGUGAAGGGAAAGCUGACUUUGAAGAACCAAAACGGCAAGAAAAGGGCAUUUCUGUCAAUAUGGACAACUCACAGACUGAUGGUGAUCAGCCAGGUGACUCUGCUUCCUCUGAGACAUGGGAGGAACUGCUUAAAGAUCAGGCUCUGGAACGUGGCUGUGUAAAAAAUGAGGAAGGAAGUGAGUAUUGGUUUGAUGCUAAGGAAGACUUGUCAGUGGCAGAUAUUUCAGUAAUGUGCAAAGAAAUGAAAAAGCAACAAGGAAGACAAGACUCGAGAGAAGUGAAGAUAGUGGUGAGUGGGAAGGAACAUUCUUCUGUUCCUGUUGGUGGCUCAAAGCCCUCAGUGCCUGAGGAUCCUGGGGAAAAUUCCCUGCAGAAAAUAUCCACUUCUUCCUUUGUGAAGCCAUCUGGAAUCUUUGUUUCUCCUUAUGCACUGAACUUGAGCAGCUUUACCAAGUUAGUAAGGAGACUUCAAGAAAAGCAUCCAGGGUUUAGCAGAGGUGAAAUUGUGGAGGCUGUGCAGGAGGUGAGGAAAAUGAACAAAGGAGUCCUGAGUGGCUUGGCCAUCAGUUCUAUUGAGGAGAAGGCCUCUGCCAUUCUGAGGGGUUCCACACGCUGCUCUCAGCAGAAGCACAGCCGUGGCUCUGUGCCGGUGCCCUUGGUCCUGGUGCUGCAGGUGAGCCUCAGCUUUGGUGUCUCCAGAGCGGGGCGGGAGCGGGGCAGGAGCCGGGCGGGGCCGCGCCCGUCCCGGGCCCGCCCCUCUGGCAGCGCCGCGGGCGCGGAGCCCGCCCGGCCCCGGGAGCGGAGCCGCUCCUGCCGCGGGGCCAUGGCCCUGCUCCCGCGGCGCUUCCUCUGCUUCGUCCUGGCCCAGCACUUCAUCGCGGCCACGGCGUGCCAGGAGGCCGACUACGGCGCCCUGAUCCGCCACCACUGCCUCAGGGACUUCCAGCACAGCAUGGAGGGCAUCAGCCAGCACCUCUGGUGUGACUGGGACCAGACCGUGGGCACCUACGGGGAGCUCACCAACUGCACGGCGCUGAUCGCCGAGAAGCUCGACUGCUACUGGCCCAACCGGCUGGUGGACGAGUUCUUCGUGGCCGUGCACAAGCAAUACUUCAGGAACUGCUCCCCGUCGGGCCGGGCGCUGCACGACCCCCCGAACGGAGUGCUGUGUCCCUUCAUCGUGCUGCCCGUGCUGGUCACCCUGCUGAUGACGGCGCUCGUCGUGUGGAGGAGCAAACGCAGCGAGGGCAUCGUGUAGGGGCGGGGAGGGCGGGCGGGGCUCCCUGGAGCGAGCCCGGAGGUUGGAAGGGUACCGGAGGGUACCGAGCCCCGGAGGCCGGGACAGCUCGGGCAGCGCUCCUCCUCCGCCCGUGUUCCCGCCGGUUUCCAAGUCAAGGUCAUUUCAGCCGUGGGUGUUGGGCGGAGCGGGGACUCCGCGGGGCUCCCCCGGCCCGGCCCGGCCCCGCCGCUCCCAGCGUGUGCCGAGCAGGGCAAAGUAAAGGGAAAAAACCCCAGGGGGAUGUGGGGACCUGAAAUCCCGGCAGCCCCGCGGUGCCAGCGGGUCUGGGUGCGCCUGAACAUCCUCGGCUUCCUCUCUGUCCUGUGCUGGGUUCCCCCGCACGUGGAAAGGCAUCUUCUCCCCCCGCCCCCCGCACAAGGACUGGGUUUUGCCUGGCAGCUGGGGCACGGCUGGUGCCCUGGGGCUACUAACAAGGAACGGGAAUAAGGUGCUUUUCCUACCUAAAUAAAUACCUGAAUAAA